CACAAAUAGAAAGCGCGCUUCGAGUUGGGUUCUCUUGUGGGUCAAGAAACACGUUUUUAGAAAUGGGGUUUGCUUACAUCAAACGCUAGUAAUUAAUACCAGCUCGCUCCAAUUUCUGGAGAAAUUCCGAAGAAAUGGGGUUUAGGUUCUUCAUCAAUUUCAACCCAAUUCAAAAAUCAUGCACAUCGAAAAUCAGAUCAUCGUCUUCACAUGCUUAUUCUAGGGUCGUUGUGAAUUCUCGUCCUCGCUCAACUUCUGAGAACCCAAAUUUGAAGAUUCAAAGGCGGUGGCAUGUGGGCCACUCCCACGGAAACGACGGUGGCCAGGGUUUUCGUCCGGGGAAAGAGGGCGAGAAGAUUUUCCGUCUAGGAUUGGCGGCGGAUAUUGGACUGGCCGCCGGAAAAGCUGUUACUGGAUAUCUCUCCGGCAGCACUGCGAUCAUCGCUGAUGCUGCUCAUUCGGUUUCAGAUGUGGUACUGAGUGGGGUGGCAUUGUUGUCUUUCAAAGCUGCGAUGGCACCCAAGGAUAAAGAACAUCCAUAUGGACACGGCAAGUUUGAGACCAUAGGAGCCCUCGGAAUUUCUGGUAUGCUUUUGGUAACUGCCGGUGGUAUUGCUUGGCAUGCUUUAGAUGUCCUUCAGGUAAUAGUAACAGCUGCUCCAGAGAUAGUUAAUCAAUCCUUGGCUCACAAUCACGCACACGGUGGACAUCACCAUGGAAUUGACAUGGCCCACCCAGUUCUAGCAUUGAACAUGACUUUAGUAUCUAUAGCCGUUAAAGAAGGGCUAUAUUGGAUAACAAAGAAGGAAGGUGAAAAGACGGGCAGUGGGCUAAUGAAAGCCAAUGCGUGGCAUCAUCGAUCGGAUGCUAUUUCAUCAGUAGUUGCUCUCGUUGGGGUUGGUGGAUCUAUUCUUGGGGUUAGAUUCUUUGAUCCUCUUGCUGGACUUCUUGUUUCCGGAAUGAUCUUUAAAGCGGGACUUGAAAGUGGUUACCAGAGUAUCUUGGAGUUGGUGGAUGCUGCUGUUCCAUCGGAAAAUCUGGAACCUUAUAAACACACAAUAUUGGGGGUCGAUGGAGUCAAGGGAUAUAAUCACCUUCGAGGAAGGCGAGCAGGAUCGUCGCUGUAUCUUGAUGUAGAUGUUGAGGUGGAUCCAUUUUCUAGUGUUAGCGGUGCGCAUGAUGUUGGGGAAAAUGUUCGACGUCAGCUUCAGCAGUCUCAUCCAGAAGUAGCUGAAGUCUUCAUACACAUAGAGCCGGCAACUUCACAUAUAUCGGGAAGUGUUAUUAAUCACCAAAGAGACUGUAAGAUCUCAGUUCAUCAGAGUGAUGCCGACUUAUUGGAGCACACAGAUAUUGAAGAUUCCGUUUCCCAAAUUUUGUCCUCCAAUUUCUCAGAGAAAAUGGCAGUCCAGCGCAUCACUCGCCACUCGUUUCAUGGGCAGAUUUUUCUCGAAAUUGAGGUAUCCAUGCCCCCCGACACAUUAAUUAGGGAGGGUGUAGAGGUAGCAAAAGAGGCUGAGGAGAAGAUUAUGGAGGUAUUGCCUAAUAUCAUGCAGGUCUCUAUUCAUCUUCGACUAGGUCGCCCAAGGCCCGACUUUUCAAUCUGAUAAUGGAUGCUUCUCUACUAAAUAAAUCACUGCCGAUUUUGUAGACAUUAAAUCGAGAUAUAUUCCCUCUGUAGGGUUUCUACCCGAAGAAAGCUUACAAUAUGAAACACUCAAAAUAGAUGUUAGUAAAAUCACAAGAUAAAUAAAUAUGAAUGUAUGAAAA